ACAGAACACAGGCCGUGCUUUAUUCUCCCCGUCUGUCCUGCUCGCUCAGACCUCACAGGAAACCUCCAACUCCCCCGGCUCUCCAGCUCGCCUCCACUUCCCACACUUUUUUGAACUUUCUCAGGCGGUCCCGCCAGCUGCGCUUCAUCUGGGAGGAUGGCUACGUCCAUGCUGGGAAUGAAUGGGCUCUGCAGAAUAGCUGGAGCUCUGCUGCUGUUCGCUCUACUGAGUGAAGUGAUGUGUCAAGACAACUCCACUAUUCAAGGUGCCAACUCCACCCAAGAUGGAGAGACCCCCCAGUCUGGUGGAACCGCAGCAGCACCAACGGAUUUACCUGCGACUGAAUCCCAGCUGAUUAACAAAACGGUGCCAACACUCGGUAAAGGGAUUCCCAAUGAUGGCCCUGUGGAUAAAGGCUCUGCAGACGUUUUAGCUGGUGCAGCGACAAGGGACUUGCUGCCUCUUAAAGAAGUUAUGCCUGACGUGAAGUGCGUUGGAAAUGAAGACCUGCACACCAUCACUGUGAAGGCUGAAGUCAUAACGACAGACUGUAAUGCAACAAAGAAGAUUAUUGAGGAAAACCCUGCAGGCUGGUGCCAGCAGGAAAGCUGUCAACUAACAAUAUUCCAAGACGGAAAAACAAUCUUUGUGUCUAGCAAUGACACUAAGCCAGAUACAUUGGUGAAUGCACUCCAGAGUGAAAAACUGAAGAAUAAGCUGGGUGUGACGAAGACGGAGAUCCAGUCGUCGUCCCGUUCUGUAUUCGUGGGAAUCUUGGUCACUGGUUUGCUUGCCGCCAUUGCACUCACCGUGGGCUACUUCAAAUGCCAGCGCAGACCUGCCGCCAAAGGAGCCCGGCUGGCAGAGGAGGCCAGUCCUGUAGAUCCGGAGAAUCAGGGAAACACCCUCGCGUCUGAGGCCCCUCUCAACCCCCCUCCAGAAACCCAGGAGAAGCCCAACAUAAAUGGGGAGUCUCCGGAGGCAGAAAAACCCCAAAGUCCUCCUCCCACCAACGGCCACUCCAACGCCAAAACAGCAGACACAGAGCUGUGAAACAGCCCCCCGGAGACUGCCGUCUGACAAUUUCCUCCAACAGAUUACCCCCCCCCACACACACACACACUUAUCCCAAAAAAUGUUUUUAUAAGAAACCAAAUUCUUCCCAACCACAGAGACCACAACAAAGUGAACACCAGAGACUCUGUCAUUCCAGCUGUUCUGACUCCUCCUGCAGCUGUUGCGCGUCAGCAAACAUCAGGAAAAUCUGGCCUGAUGAUUGGCGGACGUGGGCGGCGCUGAUGAUGACGAAGGCUCAGCCCCUGAACUGUUGACGACAAUCAGGCUGGAGACCAGAGAGAAGAUCGGCGGUUCUGGUUGUUUUUUAACCAUUAAUUAGGGCACGAUCACUUUCUGACUGCAGUUGUUGGAUCCUACUGAGCCCAACAGAACCUCUGCAUGUCGUCUGGUACAGAACUCCACCCGGUCCCUCUCAGUGCUAAUGAAACUGCUUCUUAAUUGUACACAAAGCUGUAAAUUUGGGCUUUCCUAUUUUUGCUGCAUUUUAUUCACAUUCCUUCUGUUUGUGGACAGUAGAAAUGUGAAUUCAGGCACCCAAGCUCCUCUUCCUACCUAAUGUACUGUACAUAUAAUACUUGAUAAUAAGCUGCACCGAGGCGGUGGCCAAACAUAACGCUGACACUCCAUUUCACUGUCAGCUCCUUAAUCUGUUUUCAGUUUUAUUCUCAUGUCAGUAUACUGUAUAUCACACUCUUGCUUUUUUGUGUGCCAUACCUCUUGUUGUAUGCUUUAUGUUUUUGUUGCCCUAACAGUAACAGAAGUUCAUGUACUCAAGGAUUUCCCUUUCUGCCAACAUACGUGCUGACAGAAGUCCCUUCUAAUAAAAAAAAAAACAAUGUUUGCAUUUUGCAUUUUGUAUUUUGUUGCUUUCAUUUCAUCAUUAAUACUAAGUUUCUACUUGUAAUCUGUACUUUAAUGUGUAUUUAACAAGAAAAAUAAAACAAAAAAUGACAAAAAAAA